UGUUAGUCUCAAGUUGGAGUUGACUUUAAAAUGAGGUCACUGUGGCUCUCCUAGGCUCCUGCUUCCCUAAUUGCAUGAGCCCAGGAGUUCGAGGCCACAUUGAACUAUGAUUAUACUACUGCUGUCCAGCCUGGGCUGCAGCAAGGCACCAUCUUAAAAAAAGAAUUAAUAGACUUUUUUAUUUUUAAUGUAGCACUUAAAAAAAUUAUUUUAAGUUCUGGGAUACAUGUGCAGAACGUGCAGGUUAGUUACAUAGGUAUACAUGUGCCAUGGUGAUUUGUUGUACCUAUCAACCCAUCAUCUAGGUUUUAAGCCCUGCAUGCAUUUGGUAUUUGUCCUAAUGCUGUCCCUCCCCUUGCCCCUCACUCCCUGACAGGCCCCAGCAUGUGAUGUUCCCCUCUCUGUGUCCAUGUGUUCUCACUGUUCAACUCUCACUUAUGAGUGAGAACAUGCGGUGUUUGGUUUUCUGUUCCAAGACAGAUGAUGGCUUCCACCUUCAUCCAUGUCCCUGCAAAGGACAUUAACUCAUCCUUUUUUACGGCUGUGUAGUAUUCCAUGGUGUAUGCAUGCUGCAUUUUCUUUAUCCAGCCUAUGAUUGAUAGGCAUUUGGGUUGGUUCCAAGUCUUUGCUGUUGUGAACAGUGCCACAAUAAACAUACAUGUGCAUGGGAUUGCUGGGUCAAAUGGUAUUUCUGGUUCUAGAUCCUUGAGGAAUAGCCACACUGUCUUCUAUGAUGGUUGAACUAAUUUACACUCCCACCAACACUGUAAAAGCAUUCCUGUUUCUCCACAGCCUUUCCAGAAUCUGUUGUUUCCUUACUUUUUUUUUUUUUGAGGUGGAGUCUCACUCAGUUGCCAGGCUGGAGUGCAGUGGUGCGAUUUUGGCUCAUUGAAACCUCCGUCUCCUGGUUCAAGUGAUUCUCCUGCCUCAGCCUCCCGAGUAGCUGAAACUACAGGCACGUGCCACUAUGCCCAGAGUUACAGAUUUUGUCAAGGAAAAUUACAAUUGAUUUUAGACCGGUUGGAUCCUGGGCAACCUAAAGAGGUGAGAUAUGAAGCCUUGCAAACAUUAUGUUCAGCUCCUCCAUCUGAUAUCCUGAACUGUGAAAAUUGGACUACUCUCUGCGAAAAACUGACAGUGUCUCUUUCAGAUCCUGAUCCUGUGUUUAGUGACCAGAUUUUAAAAUUCUGUGCACAGAUAUUUUCGCUUUCUCCAUUAUAUAUGACCAAGGAAAUUUAUACAAGCUUAGCUAAGUAUUUGGAGUCAUACUUUCUUUCUGGGGAAAAUCAUAUUCCUACUCUUUCAGCUGGUGUAGAUAUAACUAAUCCUAAUAUGACUCGCUUACUUAAAAAGAUUCGUCUUCUAAAUGAAUAUCAGAAAGAAGUUCCAUCUUUCUGGAUUCGUCAUCGAGAGAAGUAUAUGGAAGAAAUUGUGGAGAGUACUUUGUCCUUGUUAACAGUUAAACAUGAUCAAAGCCAUGUUGUCUCACAAAAGAUUUUGGAUCCGAUCUACUUUUUUGCAUUAGUUGAUACCAAGGCUGUGUGGUUCAAAAAGUGGAUGCAUGCACAUUGUAGCAGAACUACAGUAUUAAGACUUCUUGAAAAGAAAUAUAAGUCUCUGGUAACUACAGCCAUUCAACAGUGUGUUCAGUACUUUGAACUGUGUAAGACUAGGAAAGCUGAUGAAACUAUGGGACAUUCAAAGCAUUGCAGAAACAAGCAGAACACUUUCUACUACUUAGGACAAGAAUUACAGUAUAUUUAUUUCAUUCACUCACUGUGCCUUUUAGGAAGAUUAUUGAUCUAUAAACAAGGCAGAAAACUAUUUCCUAUUAAGCUGAAGAAUAAAAAAGAUUUGGUAUCCCUCAUAGAUCUACUUGUUCUAUUUACCCAACUUAUCUAUUACUCACCAAGUUGUCCAAAGAUGACAUCAACUGCCCAUUCAGAGAAUUACUCUCCUGCAAGUAUGGUGACUGAAGUUCUAUGGAUACUCUGUGAUCAAAAAGAAUGUGCAGUGGAAUGCUUAUAUAACAACAUUGUAAUAGAGACACUUCUUCAGCCUAUUCACAAUUUAAUGAAAGGAAUUGAGGCAUCUCCAAAUUGCUCUGAGACAGCUUUAAUUCAUAUAGCUGGUAUUUUGGCAAGAAUUGCAUCUGUAGAAGAAGGGCUUAUUUUACUCCUUUAUGGAGCAAAUAUGAACUCUUCUGAAGAAAGUCCUACAGGUGCUCAUAUAAUUGCCCAGUUUUUGAAAAAACUUCUCGAUGAAGAUAUUUCUGUAUUUUCUGGAUCAGAAAUGUUGCCUGUGGUUAAAGGAGCUUUUAUUUCUGUGUGUCGUCACAUAUAUAGUACAUGUGAAGGCUUGCAGGUGUUAAUCACUUACAAUUUGCAUGAAUCUAUAGCAAAGGCGUGGAAAAAGACAAGUUUGCUAUCAGAAAGAAUUCCUACUCCAGUAGAGGGUUCUGAUUCUGUUUCUUCAGUAAGCCAGGAAUCCCAAAACAUUAUGGCUUGGGAAGAUAAUUUGUUAGAUGAUUUACUACAUUUUGCCGCCACCCCCAAAGGAUUACUACUUCUUCAAAGAACAGGUGCUAUCAAUGAAUGUGUGAUGUUUAUAUUCAACCAAUAUGCAAAAAAAUUACAGGUCAGCAGGCAUAAAAAAUUUGGCUAUGGAGUUUUGGUUACACGAGUGGCAUCAACAGCAGCAGGUGGCAUUGCACUAAAAAAGUCAGGGUUUAUUAACGAACUUAUAACUGAAUUAUGGUCAAAUCUGGAAUAUGGAAGAGAUGAUGUUAGGGUAACCCAUCCCAGAACUACUCCAGUGGAUCCUAUUGACCGAAGCUGUCAAAAGUCGUUUUUAGCACUGGUGAACUUGUUAUCCUAUCCUGCUAUUUACGAGCUUGUAAGGAAUCAAGAUCUUCCUAAUAAAACAGAAUAUUCUCUUCGUGAAGUCCCAACGUGUGUUAUUGAUAUUAUUGAUAGACUUAUAAUUUUGAAUUCUGAAGCUAAGAUUCGCUCUUUAUUCAACUAUGAACAAUCACAUAUCUUUGGUCUAAGGUUAUUAAGUGUGAUAUGCUGUGAUCUGGACACUCUUCUCCUGUUAGAGGCUCAGUAUCAGGUAUCUGAAAUGUUACUAAAUGCUCAAGAAGAAAAUAUCUUGGAGACUUCUGAGAGCCACAGGGACUUUAUAAUUGAUGGCUUAUCAGUGGAGAGAAAUCAUGUUCUUGUUAGAAUAAAUCUUGUUGGUGGGCCAUUGGAACGGAUUUUGCCUCCGAGGAUACUCGAAAAGAGUGAUAAUCCAUAUCCUUGGCCAAUGUUUUCAUCAUAUCCAUUGCCAAACUGCUAUCUGUCAGACAUUAUGAGAAAUGCCAGUAUAAAACAAGACAAUGAUCUUGACAAGCUUUUAUUAUGCCUCAAAAUAUCUGAUAAACAAACUGAAUGGAUAGAAAACUGCCAAAGACAAUUUUGCAAAAUGAUGAAAGCCAAACCUGAUAUAAUCAGUGGAGAGGCCUUAGUAGAAUUACUUGAAAAAUUUGUGCUUCAUCUCACUGAAAGCCCAUCUGAAUGCUGCUUCCCUUCAGUGGAGUAUACAGCUACUGAUGCAAAUGUGAAGAAGGAAAGUCUUUCAUCUGUGCAGCAGCUUGGCAUUAAAAUGACUGUCAGGUAUGGCAAAUUCCUCAAUCUCUUAAAAGAUGGUGCAGAAAAUGAUCUUACCUUAGUUUUAAAGCAUUGUGAGAGAUUCCUGAAACAGCAGCAAACUUCCAUAAAAUCUUCUCUUCUCUGCCUGCAAGGGAAUUAUGCUGGCCAUGACUGGUUUGUAUCUUCCCUGUUCAUGAUAAUGUUGGGAGACAAAGAAAAAACAUUCCAAUUUCUUCGUCAAUUCUCCAGGCUUCUGACUUCUGCUUUUCUUUGGUUGCCAAGGCUACAUAUUUCUAGUUACCUACCUAAUGACACUGUAGAAUCUGGCAUCCAUCCAGUAUAUUUUUGCAGCACCCAUUAUAUUGAAAUGCUACUGAAGACUGAGUUGCCUCUUGUGUUUUCAGCUUUUCACAUGUCUGGUUUUGCACCAUCACAGAUUUGCCUGCAAUGGAUAACCCAGUGUUUUUGGAAUUAUUUAAAUUGGAUAGAAAUCUGCCAUUAUAUUGCUACUUGUGUUUUCCUUGGUCCUGAUUAUCAAGUGUAUAUAUGUAUAGCUAUAUUCAAACAUUUACAGCAAGACAUUCUACAGCACACUCAGACUCAAGAUCUGCAAGUUUUCCUAAAAGAAGAAGCACUGCAUGGUUUUCGAGUGAGUGAUUAUUUUGAAUACAUGGAAAUUUUGGAACAAAACUACCGAACAGUGCUGCUGAGAGACAUGCGGAACAUUAGACUGCAGAGCACAUAGAUCAUGAGACACACAGUUUAAAUUCAGGUUUUAUUUAUUUUUAAAGGCAGCAGGGGGGCUUGAUGGUUUUCUGUGUCUGUAACAACAUUUAACUUGCGAAUAUACGUAUUAUAAAUACUGAGAAGUAUAACGAUAUAUUUAAGUAGGUAUGAGCUCAAUUUGUGAAUUCAUUUUUGUAAAUUUGUUGUUUCGUAAGGUUAUUAUAGAAUCAGAUCUAGCUUACUUAUAGUUCUUAUUCAUGUUUAAGAGUUAGUCCUGGCCGGGCGCGGCGGCUCAUGCCUGUAAUCCCAGCACUUUGGGAGUCUGAGGUGGGCAGAUCACAAGGUCAAGAGAUCGAGACAAUCCUGGCCAACAUGGUGAAACCUUGUCUCUGCUAACAAUACUGAAAUUAGCUGGGUGCACUGGUGUGCCUGUAGUCCCUCCUACUUGGGAGGCUGAGGCAGGAGAAUCGCUUGAACCUGGGAGGCGGAGGUUGCAGUGAGCUGAGAUCGUGCCACUGUACUCCAGCCUGGCCACAGAGUGAGACUCUGUCUCAAAACAAAACAAAAAAAAGGUUAGUCCCAACUUACAUCUCCUUUAUUAAGAUGAUUAAAAUAUUUUUUCCAGUGAGUUUGGAAAGGAGAAGUAAUAGUGUAAAUAAUAUUUUGACUAGCUGCAGAAAGCCCAUAAGACAAGGAAAAGACAAUAUUUCUUCCAUUCUUUAUGUCUGUACAUAUAAAGGAAAAUGGAUAAAACCACAACUGCUUCUUUUACAUGUGGAAUAACAAUGAUAUUAUUUACCAUGGCAAGUGGUAGAAAAACUGUUGUCCUUGGACAUAAUUGUUUUUUAGGAGUUGCUUUUGAUACCUAUAUCAAUUUAUAAUUCUUUGUUUGAAAUGAAGUCUUUACAUGGUUCAUUGAAGAGACAGAUUGGUUAUUUCAUACUGAUAAGCAUUCUGCUCUUAUUUGUUAUGCAUUUUCCUUAGUGAUAUAUUUUACUUGUACUGAACUUGAAAAUAUAAAGGGGAAUACAUUUCUAAAUUAUUUUAAAUGGCUAACACUAUGAUUUGUUUUAUUUAAAUAGAUGUCUCUGCACCAGUAAGAUUAAUACAAUAUGUGAAUGUCUAUUUUUUAUAUCUUAACUCACAAUGAAUAUAUGAAAGAUAAUACAUGAAUAUAUUACAUUAUUCAUUUUUAGUCAUGAGUUUAUUUCAAUAAGUUUUUCUAAUUGUAGAUACUGUUUUUUAUUCUUUCCUUGUAUCUAAAUAUAAAUCAACCAUUAAAAUCAUUCUAACUCUAACCCUGCUUUUUUUUUCCUUUUCAACUAAAAGUGGAUCAUUCACAAACAGUUUUUCAUUUAGCAUGAUCAAAUAACUGGUACUAUACAGUUUUCAAUUUAGUAAUAUUUAGGCUAUUGCAAUAUCAGCCUUCCAAAAUCAAGUUUUAUGCUGUAAAUGCCAACAAUAGCUUCUCAGUAAUAGUGUUCCUAAAGGGCAUUGUAAAGUUGAGAAAAGUAAUUUGAGCAAGUUAAUUUGACAUAUUGUGCACUUUCACUUCAGCCGAUGUGAGUUAAAAGAGACUCAUAGAUGGCUCAAAAUACUAAGCUUUGUCUACUUUCAAACUUAAUUUUGAAAAUCUGUUCCAUGGAAGCUGUAAUACAUGUUUAUGGUUCCAUUUCUUCCCAUUCCCCUUCCUGAGUUAUUGUUAUGGGUCCUAAGAAUCGUGCAGCUUUAUUUCUUUUUAUAAUUGCGUACACGGUAGUUGGAAAUACAAAUGGAGAAGAAUGAACUGUAAUUUAAUUUUAUAAUGUCCAUUGGUGAUUUUCAUUGGAAACUGAGGUAAGAUCUAGAUUCUAACAAUUACAUUUUUGAGAAAAAAAAUAACUUCAGCUGGAGCUAGAAGGCUCUAGUGACAUAUAAGUAUCUUAUGAACAAUGACUUAGCAAUUUGGUGAAAGAAAGUUUAAAAUAUGGUAGGUAGUGUAGCUAUCAUUAUGAGUUAUUUCUAUACUUACUUUUAGAGUACGCUUUAGAACAAUCAUACCCUGUCAUGCCCCUUGGUUUUAUUUUUAAUUAUUUAAAAUGUAAGUCCUUAGACUUUAUUUCUAAUUUGUGGAGGGGUAACUCAUACAUUUGAUAGGAUUCAAUUACAAUAAAAUAUGUUAUGGUAUAAUGUAAAAAGGUUUAUGAAAAAUUCAUAUAUAAAAAUAUUUGAAUAUCUGCUUUCAAAAUUUCGUAUUUGUAGUUCUAUCUCCUCAUAAUACUCUCCUAAAGUAUCAUUGGAGGUAAAAUAAGCCUCAGAAAUUUAUCUGAACUUUCACACAAGAUUCCACAUGAAUUUGUGAUUGGUAAAUAAUGAUGUGCUCUCAUUGGAAUUUACAAUUUUCAGAUGUUAAAUUUUGUUGUUUAUUCAUUAAGCAGAUAUGUUUUAAGGGUUACACAUAUAAUGAAAUUUUUUAAAUAUUCAAGAUAGCACAGUAAAUGAUAUACAGCAUCUCAAAGAGUUCACAGUCAGCAUGGGGAGGUGAAUAAUUUUAAAACCAUGGAAAAAUAGUGAUACAGAUGACAAAUGUGAAUUGACCUCCGGAUGUGAUGACCUUGACCUUGAUAAGAGUAGUUUUGAUUAAGUAAGUGAGGGCAAAAGUUUUGAUUGGAUUCGGUUUAAAUGACGCUGAGAGGAAAGAUUUUAGAAACUGCUCUUUCUAGGAAUAUUGCUGUAAUGGGUGGAAUAGGAAUGGCAGCUAAUGCAGACUGGGACUAAAAGAUGCUUUUUGUUUGUUUUUGUGAGUGUGUUUUGUUUUUGAAAUGCGAAAUGGAAACAUAUUUAUAUUUGGAUGGAAAUGAUGCAGUAGAGAAGGAAAAAUUGAUGGUAGAGAGGAAGAGCUGGAGUAAAUGUCAUGAAUAGAUGUAAGGGGAAUAGGAUAUAGUGAAUAAGUAGUGGAAUUAGCCUUUCCUAGAGCAUGGACACUGCAUUUAAAGUAACAGAGGGGGAAACAGAAUAAAUGGGCACAGACAUAGAGUAGGCAUUUGUGGAUUUGUUUUCUCAGUGAUGUGGGAAACAAGGUCAUCUACUAAAAAUUAGAAUAGUAAAAGCUUUGGUAGUUUUCAGGAGAUAAGAGUAUGUGAAAUAAUUGUCAAAGAGUGAAUGGAAUAGGAAAACAAGUGUUAUUGUGAUUUACUGGUCAUGAGAUGAGUUAGCAAAGUUUUAUGUUUUUCUCCAGCUACCUUACACUGUGCCUGUGUUGGCAAGGAGUAAGUGGUGAGUUGGGUUUAACCAGGGUUUUGCUUUAGCCAAGAGAAUACAGUAAGCAAGGAAGGGCACAAGGGAGUUGAUGUUAUUUGCAAGUUAAUUUUUAUAAUAUUGUGACUGUGGUGUUUAAGCUGGAUGAAAAGGGAAGUGGAGACAAGAGGGUGGAUAUGUAUGGUACAGUGAAAAGCUGAUAGGAUCAAUUGAUUGUAGGUUCUUAUGUAUUGAAAGAUUAUUUGAUUUGAAAUCCUCCAGAGAGGAAGGUGAAAUGAUUAGACCUCACAAUUGUUAAGUAAAAUGCUUAAAAUUGAGAUUUUAGAAGGGGUUGACCAUGAGAAUGAACAACUAGAGGAAAGAAGAGAGAUGAGAUUAUGUGAAUAAAGGAAGUCAAGGAGCUGAGGUUUUGGUUUUGGAGGAAUUGUCUUUUUGGAUACUGGAGUUACCAAAAUUGUGACAAGGAAUUAUUUUGAAUAGCUUGAAAAUAAGCCAAAAGCUAAAAUCUUCAAGGAUUGGUCUAGAAAGAAAAAAAUGACAAGAGGACAUCUGAGAUGCAAAAAUAAAUGGAAACCAAAGACAAUGGUACAUAAUCAUUCUUUUAAUGUAGUAUGUAAUUUGUUAAUAAAACAUACCUAAUUUCUUUAAAGCCUUUGAUUAGUCUGGCAUUUCUUACACAUAAAGUAUAAGCCACAAAAGAAAAAUUGUUACAUUUUAUGUACUUCUUUAAAAUAAAAAAGCCCUCAAAAUAUACUCUCAAAUAAAUGAAAAAAGCUGUAAGAGAAUAGAUUUGCAGAACAUAGCUAGUAGAGAACCUUGUAUUCAGAAUAUAUGAAAUUUCUAACCACUCAACAGCAAGAGAAUGAACAAAAAACAAAAUAGAAAAUUUCUGAACAGACACUUCACCAAAGAAAAUAUACACAAAUUGACAAGUACACAAGAAGAAACUUAUCACCAUUAGUUUUAGAGAAAUGCAAAUUAAAUCCACAAGGAGAUAACCACUACACACUCACUAAAAUGUCUAAAACUAAAAUACAUAAAACAAAACAAAAACCUAAUUUCAAUGGCUGGCAAGAGGUGGAGCAAUUGGAAUACAUGGUCUCUUAUA